GCGCAUGCGUACAUACUAUAGUGACGAAAGGUUAGCAAUUUUUAGAUGGUUCUUUUUCUAUAACACAUAAAGAACUUUUUAUUUUUAUUCAGCACUCCGAUUUUGGUGGUGGCACUUUUGUUAUUUCAACAUGUUGCAAUUUCUGGCUGGCUUCACCAUUGGGAAUGUUGUAGGGAUGUACCUUGCUCAAAACUAUGAUGUUGUCAACAUUGCCAAGAAAAUUGACGAAUUUAAAAAAGAUGUCGAGGCCAAGAAGAAACCACCCUCAGGCUGAGAGAUGUCGGACCACAAUCCAAAGACUUUAUUUAUUGUACAGGGUUAAGUUUUUGAUGAGUGUAACGAUUGAUUUAUAAAAGAAAAUAUGUAAGAAUUUACUGCGUGGAGGUGUUAAUGGCAAGUUAAUUUUUAAUAGUAUGGAUACAACUGGAGGCAUAGACCAUGAUUAGAAUUAUAAGUUCAUGUUCAGUUUUAUGGCAUUGCAGGUUGGCAUCUUGGAUGCUACAGUGUCCAGUUGGCAUCCUUGUACCCCAUUUAUUUAUGGUGCACAAUAAUGUUUUUAUAAGAGUAUUUCAAGGCUUGCCAACAAGAAUUUGCCAACUGUUACAUGCAUAAAAAGAACUAUAGAUCAGUCUUACAAUAAAGUUGCUGACGUAUAAAAGUUCCCACUUUAUGCCUUACAAUUUUCAAAAAGUAACUCAAUACCAGUCUAAUGUCAUCCAUGACAGCAAAUUGGUCCAGUGCAAUUACUAAAUUACUUUUUUUAUGUACAUCUCACUGACAAUAAAAUCCUACUUUGUAUUGUU